AUGAUACUCAAACCACCAUGGGCACCACAUAAACAGGAACACAAUCAGGCCAUUGUUUGCUUUGUGUUUGGUUCUAAUCCCCCUGUGGGCUAUCUUGGUAAUGUGAUUAAGAUCAAUACAGCUACCCUGAACAUUGAUAGAAUGUGGUUUGCUAGAGUACUAGUUGAAAUGGACAUAAACAAGGAAUUCCCUAAGGAAUUGUUUUACACAAAUGAGUAUGAGGAACUGGUAGCUCAGCAGGUCGAGUGUGAGUGGGUGCCAUUAUGGUGUUCGAAAUGUAACCAGUUCGGGCACACUAAUGUAGAGUGUAGGACUGGAUUACCAAAAACUACACAUCAAAAGAAUUUGAAUGUGGAUGAGGAUGGCUUCAGACCAGCAAAACAGAAGUGGGUGAAGAAGAACAAGUCUAAUUUAACAAAUGACAACAUCCAACAACACAAAAGUGAUACACCUAUUAAUGAGCAAGAAAGGAAACAUGUAGAGGUCCACCCGACAGCAGGGAAAAUGGAAAGGAUAUCAUGGAAAGAAAAGAAUAUAAUAGCAGGGCAAAACAAAACGCAGUCAGGACAAAUUAAUAUCAGUAAUGGUUUUGAACUGUUGCAAAAUAUAGAAGAGAGUGCAAAUGUGCAGCAAAUGAUAGAGUAUAAUGCUGAUGAACAUAUGAUGGCAUUGGAGAAUGAAAAAGAGGUUUUCUUUAUCAAAAAAUAUGUCUGGGAUGGUGCAUGCUUCACCCGCAACCUUGAUUGGCAUAAAGGGGGUAGAAUUAUUGUAGCAUGGAAAGGUGAGGAUGUGAAGGUCGACAUCAAGAGAUGCCAUAGCCAAUACAUCCAUCUUGAUGUCUUCCCUUCCUUUAGUAGCAAAUUCAAAUGUACCUUUGUGUAUAGUGCCACAGAUAAAGAUGUUCGACAAGAUCUUCUUAACCACCUUGAAGAUAUGAACCAGGAGAUCAGCAUGCCUUGGAUUGUCUUAAGUGACUUCCACUGCAUUGCUAAUCUCAACGAAAGAAUAGGUAGCCCUCCAAGGCUACAUGAAACCAUGCCUCUGAGACAUUGUAUGGAAUCAUGUGGUCUCUAUGACCUUAAAAGCAACGGCAGGUUCCUCACCUGGAGUAACAAGAAAGCAGGGUCAUCUCGGGUUAUGAGCAAGAUUUAUAGAACUAUGGGAAAUCAUCUUUGGGAGGAUAACUUCCCAAAUGUGGAAGUCACUUAUCAUCCGAAAGGGGAGUUUGAUCAUACACCGAUGCUUUUUUGCUUCUUACAUCCCAUUAAUACAGAAAAACCAUUCAAAUUCUAUAAUCACUAG